AUGAUCUCUGACAACCAGGUGAUCUCUGAGGUGUGGUCUAAAUCAGGAACGGCCCCCGGGGGCCUGAUGCUGGAGAAAAACAAGCGCAAAGGCCUGGCCCAAUAUGGUGCUAGUCAGCAGGCUAUUUCUAGCGCCAGCGGAACAUGGUCCUGGUGGCUGGCCAGCUGGCUCCCAUCCUGGUGCCCCACGUCUCUCUCCCGGCUGAAGGACUCGGAGGACAAGAUGCUACAGUCAAUAACCAGCAAGUUCUCCAAAAGGCAUGUAAAGAUCUCCGGUGGGAAUGCGAUCUGGACGCUGGCGUUUAACGAGAGCGCGGAGGGCAGGACCCCCUUGGUGCUGCUGCACGGCUUCGGGGGAGGGGUGGGCCUGUGGGCCCAGAACCUGGACGCCCUGUCCCGGGAGAGGACGGUCUACGCCCUCGACCUGCUGGGGUUCGGCCGGAGCAGCCGGCCGCGGUUCAGCCGCGAUGCGGAGGGGGCCGAGAGCCAGUUCGUGGAGUCCAUAGAGGAGUGGAGGGUGGAGGUGGGCGCCGAGUCCAUGAUCGUCCUGGGGCACAACCUGGGCGGAUAUUUGGCGACUGCCUAUGCGCUGCAGUACCCCUCCAGGGUCAAGCACCUGGUGCUGGUGGAGCCAUGGGGCUUCCCUGAACGGCCUGUCACCUCGGAUGCGGGAUGGCCCGUGUGGAUCAAAGCCGUGGGGGUGGCCAUGGAUUCCUUCAACCCCUUGGCUGGACUGAGGCUGGCAGGGCCGCUGGGCCCUGUUCUUGUGUAUGCAGCCAGAUCAGACUUCAAGCAGAAGUUCUCCUCCGUGCUGGACGACGAUACGGCCACAGAGUACGUCUACCACCUGAACGCUCAGACCCCCAGCGGGGAGGAGGCCUUCAAGAACAUGACCGUCCCGUACGGCUGGGCGAGGAGGCCCAUGCUGCCGAGGCUCGGUCAGCUCCGCCCCGACAUCCCCAUCGCUGUCAUUUUUGGCUCGCGGUCCAGUAUCAACUGCAACUCGGGCAGCGCCGUCAAGGAGUCCAGGCCGAAGUCGCGCGUGGAGAUCGCAGUCAUCCGAGGCGCGGGUCACUAUGUCUUUGCUGACCAGCCAGCUGACUUCAACCUCAGAGUCCUGCAGAUCUGCAACACUGUGGACCAGGAGCUGUUUGUGAAGAGCAAAGCAGAACAAAAGUAG